AUGUCGUUUGUACACACAGCCAGAGAAAUCGAUAGAGGUAGCGGCCAUAGAAGAUUACACACAGGGCGAAGCUUUGCUUAUCACUUAUCCAUCUAUCCACCUCAAGCUUACACUCUUAGGUACACCUGGUCGUCCUCAAGCUUAAGGCUAACUUCCUCAUACCUCUCCAACUGUCAUACUCGUCCUCCAGUCAUACUCGUCCUCCAGUCAUACUCGUCCUCCAGUCAUACUCGUCCUCCAGUCAUACUCGUCCUCCAGUCAUACUCGUCCUCCAGUCAUACUCUUCCUCCAGUCAUACUCGUCCUCCAGUCAUACUCGUCCUCCAGUCAUACUCGUCCUCCAGUCAUACUCGUCCUCCAGUCAUACUCGUCCUCCAGUCAUACUCGUCCUCCAGUCUACUCUUCCUCCAGUCAUACUCUUCCUCCAGUCAUACUCUUCCUCCAGUCAUACUCGUCCUCCAGUCAUACUCUUCCUCCAGUCAUACUCGUCCUCCAGUCAUACUCGUCCACCAGUCAUACUCUUCCUCCAGUCAUACUCGUCCUCCAGUCAUACUCUUCCUCCAGUCAUACUCGUCCUCCAGUCAUACUCGUCCUCCAGUCAUACUCGUCCUCCAGUCAUACUCUUCCUCCAGUCAUACUCUUCCUCCAGUCAUACUCUUCCUCCAGUCAUACUCGUCCUCCAGUCAUACUCUUCCUCCAGUCAUACUCGUCCUCCAGUCAUACUCGUCCACCAGUCAUACUCUUCCUCCAGUCAUACUCGUCCUCCAGUCAUACUCUUCCUCCAGUCAUACUCGUCCUCCAGUCAUACUCGUCCUCCAGUCAUACUCUUCCUCCAGUCAUACUCUUCCUCCAGUCAUACUCUUCCUCCAGUCAUACUCGUCCUCCAGUCAUACUCGUCCUCCAGUCAUACUCGUCCUCCAGUCAUACUCGUCCUCCAGUCAUACUCUUCCUCCAGUCAUACUCGUCCUCCAGUCAUACUCGUCCUCCAGUCAUACUCUUCCUCCAGUCAUACUCGUCCUCCAGUCAUACUCGUCCUCCAGUCAUACUCUUCCUCCAGUCAUACUCGUCCUCCAGUCAUACUCGUCCUCCAGUCAUACUCGUCCUCCAGUCAUACUCUUCCUCCAGUCAUACUCGUCCUCCAGUCAUACUCUUCCUCCAGUCAUACUCGUCCUCCAGUCAUACUCGUCCUCCAGUCAUACUCGUCCUCCAGUCAUACUCGUCCUCCAGUCAUACUCUUCCUCCAGUCAUACUCUCCAGUCAUACUCUUCCUCCAGUCUUCCUCCAGUCAUACUCUUCCUCCAGUCAUACUCGUCCUCCAGUCAUACUCUUCCUCCAGUCAUACUCUUCCUCCAGUCAUACUCUUCUCCAGUCCAUACUCGUCCUCCAGUCAUACUCUUCCUCCAGUCAUACUCCAGUCAUACUCUCCAGUCAUACUCUUCCUCCAGUCAUACUCGUCCUCCAGUCAUACUCUUCCUCCAGUCAUACUCGUCCUCCAGUCAUACUCUUCCUCCAGUCAUACUCGUCCUCCAGUCAUACUCGUCCUCCAGUCAUACUCUUCCUCCAGUCAUACUCGUCCUCCAGUCAUACUCUUCCUCCAGUCAUACUCGUCCUCCAGUCAUACUCGUCCUCCAGUCAUACUCUUCCUCCAGUCAUACUCGUCCUCCAGUCAUACUCGUCCUCCAGUCAUACUCUUCCUCCAGUCAUACUCGUCCUCCAGUCAUACUCGUCCUCCAGUCAUACUCGUCCUCCAGUCAUACUCUUCCUCCAGUCAUACUCGUCCUCCAGUCAUACUCGUACUCCUCCAGUCAUACUCGUCCUCCAGUCAUACUCGUCCUCCAGUCAUACUCUUCCUCCAGUCAUACUCGUCCUCCAGUCAUACUUGUCAGGUCAAGUAUGA